AACCAGGCGACCGGACGCGGAGGCCGGCCUCCGGCUACCCAGUCCCGUGGCCCUUCGCCUCCUCCGCCCUCAUCUGGCACCAUGUCGCUGCGGACACUACCGCUGCUCUUCUUGAACUUGGGCGGGGAGAUGCUUUACAUCCUGGACCAGCGGCUGCGGGCCCAGAACAUCCCGGCAGACAAGGCCCGCAAAGAUGAAUGGACAGAGGUGGACAGAAAACGAGUUCUGAAUGACAUCAUCUCAACCAUGUUCAAUCGAAAGUUUAUAGAGGAAUUGUUCAAACCGCAAGAGCUCUACUCCAAGAAGGCCCUGAGGACUGUCUACGACCGCCUGGCUCAUGCUUCCAUUAUGAGACUAAACCAGGCCAGCAUGGAUAAGAAUAUAGGUACUCCCCUCUCCCUGUAUGGGGGCUAUACUCAGUGA